GAUCCAUCUUGUGAAUAGACGAUCUUCGUGUGCCUGGCUGUUAAGCGCUCAUGCCUGCUGUGGAGUCUGACUCCGUGAGGAUGGACGGUGUGUCGUUGGGGUGAGUUGGCUCAGCAGUGGUGGGGGAUUACUCUGUAAAGCUGUGAUUCACGCUGCUUCUACAUCUGUUGGGUAACAUUUGACCACACAUGAUCCACCAGUUGUAAACCCAACACAGAUAGCCGAACAGCUCUCUGUUAGCAUCAUAGGCUAGCCCUCUUGACUAGUUAGCUUUGGUGAGUUAAGCUAGCAUCUGUGGCUGAACAGCUGAGGCAGUUAAACAAACUCCAAGUCAUCAAGAGUUGAUAUUUAGGGGUUUUCAUCAAGGUGCAGCUAACAAAUAGUCUACUGAGGACAGACUGGACUUCAAAAUGACACACUUGUAUUUGGACAACGAUUAACGGCUGUCAGGUCAAAAGCUCUGAGUAGCUGUGAAGUGGAAUGAUUAGCGAUGCUAAGAGCUAGCCAACCUGCCGUGAAACAAACUCAAAAACACAAACUAGAGUUGGAACCUUAUUGACAUUUCUCUAGACAGAAGAGAAGUUUUCUGUAAAUGUUACUGGCUGUGUGUUAACAAGAUUUUUUUUUCACAUUUUCUAUUGAAUUACCAUCAGUGCCUUGAUAGUGAUGCAUCCUGAUAGGGGAGAGUGGGGUAAGAUGAGACAUUUUUAAUAUUUCAGAUCACUACAUCAAGACAACUAUAGUUUUGUCUCUAACUAGUGUAUCUGUAUGUAUUUCAAGAUGUUGUGCAUCCCCGUAAACCAACAGAAUGAGUGUAAACAUAACUGUCUUAAUGAUAUAGCAUGCCAAAAAAGUGGUCUCCUAUGGUCAACUUACCCCGUGUAAGUGGUAAGUUGACCAUAGAAGCAGGGUAAGUUGAGCCGUAUCCCCCCCCCCCCCCACACACACACACUCCACCCCAGCCCUCCCUCACCUUCUCUCUCCCAAAAUAACAGUCACUUCUCCACAUUCAUGUGUAUUUUUAUCUAUGAUACGCUAUUCAACUGGUACAAUAAUUCUUUUCUUAUUAUUGCAUAUAACUGCUAAAAAGCUGUUUUGUAAAAAUCCAUUUUAACAUGAGAAUGCCUUUAAGUGAUUCAGAACAUUCACAGCUGCAUUUGUGAAAAGAAAAAGUAAAACAUUUCAACAAUCUGAACUGAAACUCUGAUCCUCUCAUCAGACUCCUUUACGUUCUCACUUGAGCCACUGGCUUAGAAUCAGAAUCGCCUUUAUUGUCAUUGUACACAGUACAACGAAAUUUGAGCGCCGCUCCCUUUGGUACAAAACAAUAGUAUUUAAAUUAAAAAAAAUCAAAAUAAAAGCCACUAAAAGCACAAAGAUAAGACAAGUAAAAGGCAGUAGAUAAACAGGACUGAUCUGAAAACCCGAUAAUUACACAGUGAAGCCCAGUUUUAUUGCACUGAUAAAAGAUUCAUUUAUUGCACUGUGAUCAAUAUGAUACAAUAAUAACUUAAACAACUUACCCCUGGCCCAAAGGCUCAACUUACCCCAGAACUACUAUUAUGACUUUAUUAGUCCUGUAAGCUAAAAUGGUGGACGUUUUUGUUAGGUUUUUGACCUCAUGUUGUAGCUCAUAGCUACCACAAUUGAUGUAUAAAACAAAUUUAAAAUGAUCUUUUUUGGUCUGAACACAAUUCUAAUAAAACUUAUGACAGACUGAAAUCACUUUCAAGAAUGAAAAAUGUUUUUUUGGAAAUAAAUGUCUAACCCAGACCUGGGCAUAUUACAGCCUGAGGGCCACAUCCGGCCCCUUGGAUGUCCCUGCCCGGCCCGCUGUGAGGUCCGUCAAUCAAAUCGUCAACAUGCUAUACAAGUGUGUUGCUUUUAUUUUGAAAACCUGACUGUUGUUUAUUUCCAUUUGGACGCACGUGCGUACAUCCUAGAUCUGCAAAAUAUUCGUAGACACCUUAGAGUUGCCAAGUCUGCUUAUGAUAAAAGACUUUAAGCUUGUUUCUCUCAGAAGUCACUCGUAAAACUCGUGAGUCACGGGUGCGCUUUUUGGGGCUUGUUUUUACUAGAAGUUGCUUAUUUGGGUUUGCUCAUGUCUGAACAGACAGUUUUAAUUCUUUAGCUGUCAUUUCAUCAGAGUGUGUGGCUGUACAUCUGAAAAGCAGAGUGAGAGAUCUGGGUUUUCAGAUUUGCUAUUUAGCAGAAGAAUUGCAAUUUUUAGUGACUUCCAACACGACAAGGAUGUUGGUGGCAAUUGACAGGACUCACAGCGUUCUGGAGAAACAGCUUUAGUACCUUUUCUGCUUCAAAUUUUCCUAGGGAGUGAUAUAUUCAACCAUGAAAUCACAGCAUAUUGAGUUAUUUUUGCAAAACCACAAUCAGAAAAUUGAAGAGAUAUCGUAGUAUUGGGUCAAAAAAAGGCAGCAACUCAUUGAUCUAGAGCAAAAUGUUAAAUUUAAAAAAAGCAUAUCAAAAUUUGAAUUUGGCCUUAAUGUGACGGUAAAUCUGCUUUGCACAUCUACCAGUGUUUUCAUGCGCUGAUGUCACUGACUACAGAGUCCUACCUUCCCGGCGGGCUCAAGCUCACUGACCGCUCGUGGUAUGUCUGUGUCUGACACCAAAAACAGCCUGAGAACUUUGUGUCUCUGUGCCCCUAAACUGUGAAAGUGACCGUCUGUGCUGUGGAAGCUCAGCGGGUGAUCUGAAUCUGGUUUGAAUUCCACAAUUUUUGUCAAUGUUUUGGUCAGUUCAUGUAGAACCAUUUUACUUUUAUUUAGCUUUAUAUAAUUGUUACUAAAUCUGACCUAUUUUACUGAGUUUAGAUACUAUAUUACUGUUAUUUUCAUGGGGAUUUCUUGGGGAUUUCUUGGGGGGAGGGGGUUGUCUUGCUUUAGAUAGGACUGCUGAUGGGGGACAGGAAACGUGGUGAUGUGAGGAGUAGAGAGCGGGGGAUGACACAGCAAAGGGUCAAGGCUGGGAGUUAAACCAGUGACCCCUGUGACUCAGACUAUAUCCUCUGUGGGGCUGUGAGACAUUAGACAAUGCAACAGACCCCUGUUGUUGUCCUUUGUAUUUAUCAGAUAACAUUUUGUAAUGCUGCUCUGUCGUGUUUCAGUGUUGAUAUCUGAUCUUUUCUCUCAUCUGUCUGCUCCUCUUGUAAAGCCCUUUGAAACGCACACAUAAGUAUAAAAGGUGGAAAAUAAACAGAGCUGAAGUGAGCUGAAAAGUCUGACGAGCUUUUUUGUAUUCUUGUAUUGUAUUUUUUUUUUAUUCAAACUGGACCGUGAGCUUUUGGGUGCUGAGACCUGUUUGUUAAAUUCUUUUAUUUGUAGGCCUGUCUGAGAUGGUCUUAAAGGGCAAGUCUGUGUUUUUAUUGUCAGUACAUCCCCUUGAAGUUAAAGUCCAAGUCCAGUCAAAAGACUAAAAUGCUUAAUCCUCUAUACCAUUGUCAUCAUCACUGUCCAAAAUCUUAACUGGCUUAUGUAUUAAUUUAAAUACUUCAAUGUUUGAGGUAGGGCUGGGCGAUAAAAUGACAACGAUAUAAAUCGAAAACUAAUUUCUCUCAAUAUCAAUAUAAAACAUGGUCAGUAUGCUUUUCGAUAGUCAGCAUUCUUCCAUGUUUUAGUAGACUAUACGAAUAGCCAAUGAAAGGGGGAGUUGCUCCGGGUCUGCUUCACGCUGAACCAAUCAUUUGCCGAAUUAGAACCAAGUAGCAAACAUCUGUGUCAUAGCAGGCUGCAGCUACACGCAAUCAUAGCACUUUAACAUGUGAACCUGACAGCACUGUCGGUGAGAAAAAAGAAAAUGAGAGCUACCAACAGACAGACAUGCAGAUGAAGGCUCCACAGAUGACGACAUUGUUGACAAGACUGGCACGAAAAUGUCGGUGGUGUGGAGGAAUUUUUGUUUUUUUUAGGUCGGACAUGAAGCAGACCAAUGUGCACUGCAAAUUAUGUCAAGUACAUGUUCUCGCAAAGUCUGGGAAUACCUCAAAUCUUUUUCACCACCUGAAGCAGUGCCACGCAGCAGAGCACAAAAGGUUACAAACCCUGAGCAGAGCAAGGAGCCCAUGGCGCCUGUGCAGCCGAAACAGACAACCAUGCAGUCCGCUUUCUCGAGCGCAACGCCUUACGACAAAACAUCAAAGAAACACGAAGACCUCACAGAUGCCGAAGCUUAUUGUAUUGCAAAAGACAUGCAACCAAUAAGCACUGUUAAAUUUCAUUUUUUAUAUUGUGAUAUAUAUCGAUAUCGACUGAUAGAAAAUAUAUAUCGUGAUAAACUUUUUCCCAUAUCGUCCAGCCCUAGUUUGCAGCAUGUUUUUAAAGGGAUAAGUAAGUGGGAUUAACCAAUCUUCUAAUUCCCCAGUCCAGUGUUUAAAAUGUGAUUCCUUUAUCUUUAAUAUUCUUUAACAAAGAGUUUGAACCACAACCUUGUUAAAAAAUCAUGUUCUUCAGUUGUCUUUGAAAAUGUUGUUUGGGACAAACAAACAUGUCAUACUUAACGGGCUCCACAUCUUCAGGACUAACAAUCAUUUGAAAUCGGGAAAACAUUUGUCAGCUACAGACCUGGAAAUAAGCCCCCCCUGUAGAUCCUUUUGUUCGAAGCUGAGCGAUGAGGAUGUGAAAUGGUAUGACGUGUUUGACUUGGCAAAACCCUCAGUGGGUCGACACGAAUUCAAAAAGCUGGCCGUGGUGUUUGUGGUGAGCAACAGCAGCUAAAUUCUGUUACAACCAAAGUAGAUUAGCGUGAAGAACCUGGGAUUAUUAAAGGAUGAUGGGUCUGUGGCGUCACACAAGGGUUCAAAAAUAGCUAACACAGACACACAGUGAGGCCUACAGGCAGACCCUCUGUGGAGACUCAGUGACGACCUUUCUAAAUCUCCCCCCUUACCCUCUGCCUACACACUUCUGCCACACUGAAUGUAGAGUGAGUGAGGAUUGUUGGACCCUCUAACAGUGAGUCGACACCGAUGAGUGUCUCAUGGUGUAACUCACAAGUUUUGAAUGUGUGACUUCAGCAUGUGCGCUGCAGUGGACUGGAGAGGGACUGAUUUGAGGCAGGGCCUGGGCGUUAGCUUAAAAAUAAUGUUGUGUUAUGAUACGACAAAUAAAACCAUGAUGAAAGAGGCACAUAAGAGUUUUUUUUCCCACAACACUUAAAAUGAGCCUUUCUGACUCUUUCUCUCAUUUCCCCUCAGUCUGGUGGCCACACCGGCCUCGCCACGUCCAAACUGCACCAUGGAUUCAGAGGAGGACAUGGUAAAUGGAGGGAUGCUCACCUUCAACCAGACGCACAUGAGGAAAGCUUUUCAGCUCAUGAACGACCUGAGGAGGUGAGCCUCGACUGCUGACGUUUGCUGCAGAUACAGCUUUCACCUUAAACGCUGGCAUCAACAAACUCAGAAAGAGGAUGAUGGUGGAAAUGAUCUGUAAUAACCAAUUUAGUGAUACGUGCAGUGAGGGAGAAAACCUGGUUUAUUUGGAAGGUGCAAUAACAUGUAAGAUCAGUUCUUAAGUUGAGGCUUUUAAGGCUGGAAGACACUUUUUGUGGACAGUAAACCAACAUUUCCUGGGAGUCAGCGUGUGUGUGAAAUAAUGGGUUAAAGGGGAUAACACACAGAGUUUUUAGUCUGAGAAAGCUCGAUAGUUUUUCUUUUUCUCCAGUCAGUCCAUUUUACCAUCCUCUCUGUCUCAUAAUGAGCUCUAAAAGCACCAAAUGCAUCAAGUCUGUAUUUUACAAAGCAUCCUUACUGUUAACUCCUGAACAUUAACACCUUUACCGGCACUUUUUCUUGUCCUGUCCAUACUCGGCUUUAAAGACGCCUCCCUCCCCCUGAUCUUUUCUUGAUUUGAACACAGGAGGGCCCGACCGAUUUAUUGUCGAGCUGAUUAAAUCGGCCAGUUUUAGCCUGUUUGAGAAUAAUCGGUAAUCGGCAAGAACUCGCCGAUUUUCGCAGAUAUUUUCAGAAAUAAAAUGCGGAGAAAAAGAUUCGGUUUCAUUUCGAAAAUGUUCUGCCAUUUGAAAAGUUCCCCAACUUAUCCUGUGAGAGUGAGUGGUGGAAGCAGGCAGCUCAGGGACGCACGGAGGAGAGUGGUCCGCCUCAACGGUAAAUAAACCAGUUUGUGAAAUACACAAUAAGUGAACAAGUUUCAGUUCAACCCACUUCACGAUGUUCCCCGCUGUGCUGGUCUCGGUCACGCUGAGUUAACAGUGAAGCACCAUGUCAUAUGCAAGCUAAAGUUAGAGUUAGCCACCUGCUUGCCUUGCUACACUGUUAGCCGUGUCAGUAACGGUAGAAUAAACAACAGUACACAUUACGUGGUCGAGCUACUUCUCUUACUGAGGCAGCUGCAUGUCUCCAGAUGAGACCGGACCGGAAAUGUGUAACGUGAGUUAAGACGCGGGGGUAGUUGAAAACGCUUUUCUGGUCCGAGUUUGAUCAGUCGGUCUUCCUGUCAGCAUGAAGAGCAGUAACCUACAGUAUAUAUACAGGACAUAGUAUACUGUAGAUAUCUACGGUAUAUAUAUAUUUUUUAACUUCAUUAAAAAAAUCUAAAAAUCGGCCAAUUAAUCGGUAUUAUGAUUUUUUUUCCUCCCAAUAAUCGGUAUUGGCAACGGCCUCCAAAAAUCCAUAUCAGUCGGUCUCUAGAACACAGCAGUGUUAUCAAAAGUUUCACCACAAACACAUGAAUAAAUACUGAUCAUAAUUCCCUCUGUUACUCUGUCUCAUACCUCAGUAAAAAGAUGCUCUGUGACGUUCAGCUGGUGGCGGGGAACGUUGAAGUGCCAGCUCACAGAGUGGUGCUGGCGUCGUGCAGCCCAUACUUCUGUGCCAUGUUUACAGGUAACACACACUCAGGGACACACACACACAUACAGCUGUUUUCCGUGGCGCUUCGUUCGAUGUUUAUUUGCCAUUCUUUAUGUGUGUGUGUGUUUUGUAGGUGAUAUGAGUGAGAGUAAGGCUCAUCAGGUGGAGAUCAGAGAGGUAGAUGGAGAGACACUGAGGAAACUGGUCGACUACAUUUACACAGCUGAGAUUGAAGUCACAGAGGAAAACGUCCAGGUGAGAAUCUGCUCGGAAGGAGUUUUUCUGUUUUGACUUUUCUUCUAAUCAAGUGCCUUUUACCUUCUUUUCUACUCAAGUAACCCAAGCCUAAGUUUGCAGUUUGAUUCUUUAAGUUAUCAGUUAUAAACUUUACUUUAACUCCAGAAAGAAAUGUGUUUCAUAGCGGCUGUUUUGAGCUUUUUUGUUCACGGUUCCUUUGAGUCAAGCAAAAGUCAGUAGACUAACGUCACAAGCUGAUUUUAAGGACUCACAGCAAUCUCUUUAAGAUUUAGUUUCAGUGAUUUAAAGGAGGGUAAGUUCUCUAGUUUAAAGCCUUAUCUUACUACCGCUGCUAAUUAAGAAUAAAAUAAUUUUACGCUCUUCAUGAAAAAGAAGUUCUUGCUUGUGUUCGUGUUUUUUAGAUGUUUACUACCAGGACGUUGCAGCUGCUGAUGUUUCUGAGCACUCUGCAGUGAAAGCUCUGGACUGAGGCCUUGUUUAUCUCGUUGACAUUAACUUUUAGUCGCUGCUCGGCUCUCUGUAUCAAUGCAGCGGGAUCAAGCUGCAGGCAGGAAACUUCCUCUGAUUAUUAGCACAGGAAGUCUGCAUGGAGAGAGGCAGGAAAUCCUCCCACUGUUAGCAGCGUGCCCGCCUGAUUGGCUCCCUCCAAUGUGUGUGUUUUGACUGUUUUUCUGUUUUCCAGUAAAAGGUUGCUUUUCUGGGAAUGGUUUGUUUUCACUGUACAGUGUGUGUGUUUUGUAAGGGUGUCCCAGCAGCCUAAUGCUCCUGAUUUUGAAGACAUCAGGCAGAAAAGGCAGAAGUUCCAACACUCAGAUAGAUAACUGAGUGAUGAAGUAGAGGAGAAGGGACAGACAGACACAAUCUCAUUGACCCACUUAAGAAAAGAUGGUGUAUCGUGAAUCUGAUUGUGAUCAUCACGCUGUAACUACAGGGUUUUAUAGCUCAAAGUGAGGCUGAGGUGGUGCCCUUCUUCUGAUUAUCAAACACCUUUUAUCUUGUAUUUUUGUGCAUUUUUACACACUGAUUCGUCAUACAGUUAUUUUUGCAUUUUCUGGUACCUCUGGUUAAGUGCCAUCAUUCAUAUGACGCUCAUAAAAGACAUUGAGGUUCCCCUCCUCGAAGCUGGGCCCUCUCACCUUGCAGAAUUAUGAAUUUUUAGUGGAAGUCGAGUGGUCUCUGUUUUCUAUUGCCGGUGCAGAUUAUGAGGAAACAGUUUGACCGAAGGCAGAUAGAAAACACCUUUUUGAUGCAGUUGAUAAAAUCUGACCAUCUAAUGAUUCUGGAAAAUGACAAACAAUACUGAUGAAUAUGAACCAAUAUUUUCUAAAAUAGAAAAAAAUAAAGGUCAGUAUUUCGGACAGGAAAGUCAUACAUGACUCUGACAUGUUACUAUCUAAUAAACAUAAUUAUUUGAGCUGAUAACACCUUUCAGUGUACCACUAUAAUGAGCUUUUAUCUCGGUCUCUCUCUCUCUUUUCUUCAGUGAAUAUUUUUGGUGAUAAUGAGUUUUUACUUCUUUAUUUGUUCUAAAAUACUUGUGCAUGCUGGCGUUAUUUAGAAACUCCCUGUAACUGAUACCUGAGGGUACUGAGCGUUAGUCAGUUCAGUUAUUAUGCCCACCAUAUAACAUGACGAGAGAGAGAGAGAAAACAUAACAGAGAAACUACUAGAACUUAACAUGAACAUGAGUGCAUUCACAUUGACAUUUUUGGACACAUUUAUAGCCUGUAGCAAAAACAUUUUGUCUUUCUUCCUCUGGGGCAGUUUUGGCCUUUUCUAAUGUGCCGUUUGAUUAAGAAACUGCUUCGCCACUCAAUCGGCAUAAUGACGAGUUCACCAAGUGAUGUCCUCGGAAAACUGAGUUCAUCAUGAGAUCAUCCGUCAUUUCCUACGAGGUCCUGAAGCAGCAUGAAAAAUAAAGAACUGUGUACUGACUGCUGUGUCAUUUAAAAAGUCUGUCAGGACAAAAAAGUGUCUUUGCCCUUUAAAUACUCGAACCUGUCUUUACUCCUGCUGUAUCGCACUGUGACAGGCUUAAAGUGGGUUUGUUGCAACUUAGAGCUGCAUUAUCCUUCAAUUUUUGAGACCAAUAAAAGUGAGAAAUGAGGCAGCUGUUUUGAUAAAUGGUUCAUAAUUUCAGUGUUUUGUUAAAGUGAAGAUGGCACUGCUCUGAAUUUGGAUUUUUUUGCCCCCAAGCCCAAAAACUAAAUUUUUUAGUCUGACAGUAACAGAUUCUUAAAUCCCAUGAUUAUUUCAUUUUCUGAGGUCCUGUAGGAUCUUUUACACCAAAUGUAUAAACGUUGCAUUGACAAAUUAUAAGACAGGAAUGACUUUAUUGCAGGUGGUACUUCACAAAUCAAAAACAUGAUGCUGUUGUUCCUGCGAACAUCACACUUUUCAAAGGUCAGAUCCAAACCGAGGACUUUUUUUCUUGCAAACUCGCUGGUAAAUGUGGAGGUUUGCUGCUAGCUGUUCUAGUUUGCUUGACUUAUUUUGUUGUUUUUUGACAGCUUUGUUUAGUCGUCGGUUAAAUCAUUCACAAACUAAUACCAGAGAAGAAGCAGUGAUUAAGUUAACUGCACCAGUGACUACCAAUACCUGCUCCCUACCAUGUGACUUUGGCGUUAUCAAUAUGGAUGAAGACCAGAUAAUUGAAUUUUUCCCCUCAAAAUUUUCAAGCUUUCCAAACUUGUGCGUCGCUGCAGGUUUUGCUCCCAGCAGCCAGUCUCCUCCAGCUGAUGGACGUCCGUCAGGUUUGUUGUGAGUUUCUUCAAUCGCAGCUUCACCCCACCAACUGUCUGGGCAUCCGAGCCUUCGCUGACCUGCACACUUGCACACAGCUUCUCAACCAGUCCCACGCGUAUGCUGGUAAGUUUCUCCACAUCCCCACCACAAAUCCUGACUCAUCUCUGCCGCUGUGGGUUUUUAUGUGUGCUGUAGGAGGUGGUUAUGUAAGAGUUGGUUUCUCUGGCUCAGAAAUUGGUCUUUUGGUAAAACCCGUAAAAGUUUAUGUCCCUCUGUAUCUGUCUGUCUGUAUUUUGUGAAACCCUGCUUGUUUGUGUCUCUCAGAGCAGCAUUUCCCUGAAGUGGUGCAGGGUGAGGAGUUUCUUGGCCUUUCUCUGCAGCAGGUGUGCAGCCUCAUCGCCAGUGACAAACUCACAGUUUCCACAGAGGAGAAGGUCAGACACUACAGUAACCUCACACACUUCAGCCAUUUAAUUCAAGCAGCUUGUCUCUCAACCUGUGGAUGAAAAUAUUUAUGAGGAUAAAUAUUUUCCCGGAAAAGAAAAUUCAGCGAGUUGACAAGAAGAUUAAGAAAUUCUCCGCAUGGUUAGAGCUGUUACAGACAGUGCUCUCACUUCAGACUAACUUGUGCCUGAUGGGCCCUCUCCGUCAGAGGACAUAUCCCAGAGGUUAUCAGCUGUUAGUCUGUCAGCAGGAUAGCGCAGGAGCAUCUGUGUGUCAUCCUGCUGUCAGAGCAGCGCAGGCUUCAAGGUGACUUCUGCUUCAGUCAGACAGAGGGCUGUCAUCACGUCUGUUCAAUGUCACACUGACUACAACUGGAGGCACAAUCGCACUAAAUGAAUUAUCUGUAACGGUGUAAGUGGAAGGUGAAUCAGUGCAGAAGUAAAGAGGUCAAAUUCCCACAUUUUUACGUUGUUUUAGGAGGGGAAACAAAGAUUUGAGACAUUUGGAGAAAAUUCCUAAUUCACAGAUUAAAGAACAAGGAAACAAACUUUAACUCAAUUUUCCAUUGUUCACACAUUAACUGUUUGUUUAACCGUGUAAUCCCUCCUGGAAACUAAAGAACUGAAUCAGGGUUUUGCCAUCAUAUAUAUUAUGUAGCUUGAAUCUUUGGUUUGUAAAUGCUCGCAAAAGUGAGAAAAAUUGCAGUGUGAGAACGCAGAAACGUGACAAAGAUAUUUAUAGUUAAGGAAAUAGACAUCUCACAAUUCUACCCAGUUACAAAGGUUCAUAGAGAACUCACUUAACAAUUUCUAUGAUUUCCAAUUUGGAAAAUGUCUCAUUUACACUCAAAACAAGCUUAAGUACGACCUCAGUAAGAUAUCAGCCCAGCAUGAGGUUAUUAAGACUUCUAUGUUCCUGUAACACAUUUACAAGAACUUAGAAGCAGAAUUUUGUGGCAAGAAGAGUCAGAGCUCACUGCUUAUUACACUUCAUGAACAUUAAUUCAAGCUGUAAUGAAUGCCUAUAAGGAUCGUUUUAAAGUCUCUUUAACAAACAGAGAUUGAACUUAUCUUUUACAGAUUUCCAUUACACAGAUUUCAGGGUGGGUUAUUUUCACCCCUGUUACUAACACAGCAUGGGGAAAAGUCACUCCAGCUCUGAUCUGCUUUCAGAAGUUGGUAACACACUGUGUGACUCAAAUUUAAAUCUGAAAACUCACAAAUCACAACACAAAGUGUGAUGUUGGUAGAGCUUUGUUUACAUGCUGUUGUGGGACUGCUGUAGAAGAGUGUUUUUUGUUUACCUCAACACCUGGACCAGGAGAGAGUCUUGAGAGUCAUUAAGCUGUGGUCCUUUAGUGUCUGUUCUUAUUGUCUGUGCACAUCAGGGGGUCUCUCACUCUCUUGUUUUUUUGCUGAUAAAGCCGUUCUGCAAACUCAUAAGAUGUGAUGAGCUUUCAAGGGUCAAUGAAUUUAGGACAUCCAACUCUGGAUUGCAAAUCAUGCAGGACAAAGGUCUCACACCUCUGAUGUGCUGACGUCCUGCUGGGCGCGGCUGAGAGUAAUCAAAAACUGAAUUUGACUGUGAAAGAGCCGAGCGUUAAAGCUCUGACGACGCAGUUCACACAGGUACUCCAGUCAUCCAAGUAGUCUGACACGUUAAAUCUUCCAACAGUGUCUUUGUGAAGUUUCGGCUCCUACUCCCAGAAAAGAACUCUUAACAGUCAUGAAUAUCCUGUAACUUUUAAAAUAUGACAAAGAAAUCUGGAAAUCAAACCUCUUUUUCUCUGUAGCAGCAUUUAAGUUUCCCUUCACUGCUGUUUCACUCUCCUCUUCACCCCUCGCUCAGGUUUUUGAGGCCAUGAUCGCCUGGAUCAAGCAUGAUAAACCCGCUCGUCUGGAGCACAUGCCCAAACUGAUGGAGCAUGUCAGGCUCCCUCUGCUGUCCAGGGACUAUCUAGUACAGGUAUGAAAACUCUCUUGAUCAAUCUGUUGUCUGCUAAAAUCUUCAUUUUUAACUCUCAAAAGUGACACCAUAAUAGAAGGAAAAAAGCAAGCAAAGCACAGCUGUCCAACAUUAUGAAAUGCACACAGUUCACACAUAUAUAGAGUCUUCAUUUUGUGCUGAAACACAUGGAGAAAUCUUGUCGCUGGUUUCUUUAGCUCAGUUUCUGGACAGUCUGCUUGAUUCGUCUGAAAUGUGUUUCCUGUUCUAGAUUGUGGAGGAGGAGGCUUUGAUAAAGAACAACAACACAUGUAAAGAUUUCCUCAUAGAAGCGAUGAAGUAUCAUCUCCUGCCAGCUGACCAGCGGCACCUCAUAAAGACGGACAGAACCCGGCCGAGAACUCCAAUCAGCAUCCCAAAAGUACAGAAACACACAUUUAUACUGUGGAGGAAACACUAAUCUUAUUAUGUUUCUUAUUUUGAGACAUGUUUGACGUUUGUCUCCGACUGUUCAGGUGAUGAUCGUCGUGGGCGGUCAGGCUCCAAAAGCAAUCCGCAGUGUGGAGUGUUAUGACUUCCAGGAGGAUCGGUGGUACCAAGUGGCUGACCUGCCCUCGAGACGCUGCCGAGCGGGUCAGUCUGAUUUAAUCCUUCACCAUCUACAUUUUCACAUGUUAUUAUUAAUCCUAACACCAGGACUCAUUUGACUUUGUGUGCGCGCUAGGAGUGGUUUCCAUGGGAGGCCGUGUCUAUGCAGUCGGCGGGUUCAACAGUUCGCUGCGGGAGCGAACGGUGGAUGUGUAUGAAAGUGGGAGGGACCAGUGGAGUGCGGCGGCGAGCAUGCAGGAGAGACGCAGCACUCUGGGAGCAGCUGUGUUGUCAGAGUUACUGUACGCUGUGGGAGGCUUUAACGGGAGUAUAGGUACACUUACAUUCACACACACACCACUCCACACAUCAACAUUCAGAAUCACAUCCAGCUCCAGUUCUACAAAAAAAACAGAUGUUGUGUCAAAUUUAAAAAUAUACUUUCCGAUGUUGAGGCCUUGUUUGCAUGAGGUUAACAGCAUCACAUUGACAGGUUAAGCCCCCACACUGCAGGAUAUCAUUCCUCACUCUCUCUGUGACUCUUUCCAAGUUUACUCCUGUUUAAAAAAAUCACUUUAUAUGAUUAUUGAAUGCUGUACUUCAAUCCAUGACUAGUAUAUUAGGAUCAAAUCAAAACCCUGUAGGUUUCUUUUAGAUUUCCACUUUAAAUGAUUAUGAAACCUGAGUUUUGAUCGAGUCUGACGAGGUCAGAAACUGAGAGUGGCCUGAAGAUGUCCUCUUAAUAAUCCUAGAAAAUGAGGAAGCUCUAGGUUGAGUUUUUUAAAAUCUGAUUUAGUGCCUCUGUCUUCUUUAAACCUAUUUUCUCUCGCCUGGGUUCACAUCAUUACUUGCCCAGUGCAGUGUGAACAGUAAACACAGGAGACGUGGGGGGAUUGUUUUCUCUUAGUUUAACACUCUCAGCAGGUUGGAGACGUUGAACACAUGAACACAUCCAUCCUAACCUGUGAAUUUUCUCCUCUUAUAUUUUCUCUGUUAUCUUCUCCCUCAGGUCUGUCCACGGUGGAAGCCUAUAAUUAUAAAACCAAUGAGUGGGUGUAUGUCGCCUCCAUGAACACUCGGCGCAGCAGUGUGGGGGUCGGGGUGGUUGAUGGUAAGAUUACAGUGUCAGUGUGUAACUUGGGGUCUGUUUUGUAGCUAUUUCAGUAGCUGUGUUUGUGUAUGUCUGUGUGUGUGUUCAGGGUUCCUACAACAUUGAAAUUUCCAUACUUUUCCAUACCCUACUUUUUAGAUUUACUUUUGGAAAUACCUACUUUUCUAUUUUAGAAUUGAGUAUUUUAUAACUAUAGUAAUAUAGUCUGUUAACAUAAAUAUUUUUCCGUACUUUUGUUUUCAUUCACCAUACUUUUUAAGACCUGCAAAUGGAUAAAUUUACUUCCUUACUUCCCCAUACUUACGCAGGAACCCUGUGUGUUAUACUGCGUUUGUGUCUCUUCAGGUAAGCUGUACGCCGUGGGAGGAUACGACGGAGCGUCUCGCCAGUGUCUCAGCACAGUAGAGGAGUACGACCCCGUCGCUGAUCAGUGGAGUUAUGUGGCUGAUAUGAGCACACGGCGCAGUGGAGCAGGUACACACACACACACACACACACACACACACACACACACACACGUAAAUCACACUACAUCCUUCCCCUCACUACUUAGGUUACGCAAAUAGGGGUUGUGGAGUGAGAAGUUUUCCUCCAAUCAUUGUGCUUCUUCAAAAGACACUGACAUUAAUUUUGAUUUAAAGGAUGUUUCCUCCUUAAAUGAACAUGUUUUUUCACAAAUCUGCUCUCUUGAUUUACACUCUGCUGUUUAGAUUCAUUAUGAGACAGUAAAGUAUGCAACAGAAUCGAGUUUUUUCACAGUUUUAUCGACUCAAUAGCACUACCCUGUGGACGUGAUUUGACACUGCACAUCUGUCAGCAAAAUAACUGUCCUCUCACAAAUUUGCAAAUUCAAUUUUCAUUGAGUUUUGUGUUUCAUAUUUUUUCUUCUUCUUCUUUUUCAGGUGUGGGUGUGUUGGGCGGUCAGCUCUAUGCUGCAGGAGGACAUGACGGUCCUCUGGUGAGGAAGAGCGUCGAGGUGUAUGAACCACAGACCAACAGCUGGAAACCGGUCUGUGACAUGAACAUGUGCAGACGAAAUGCAGGUGAGACAACAACACAAACACUAAAGCAUCCAUCACAGUGUCGGUUUUAUUUUUUCUUAUAGUUGCUGUAAAAAAUAUAUAUAUUUAAAUUUUUAUUUUGAGCUUGGUGUCCUGAGGGAACUGGCUGGACUACAAUCAACUGUCACAGUACCAGCCGAGAACAAAUGAAUGCAACUGCGAUUAAUCUAACUGUGAUUAUUCGUCCAAUUUGAAAGGGAGAAAAUCAAACAAAAUGUUACUUUCACUCGUGUAAUAACCCAUUUCAUGUUUGGGGGAAGUAUAAUUUUACAAAUAAGUAAGCACAGUGUCCCACAAAGAUAAAUAGAUGUAAAAACAUGUCAGAUUUAUCAUCAAGUUGACAUCUCUGUCCUAAAGGUGUGUGUGCCAUAAACGGGCUGCUGUACGUGAUCGGUGGAGACGACGGCUCCUGUAACCUCUCCUCCGUUGAAUUUUACAACCCCACCACAGACAAGUGGAGCCUUAUUCCCACAAACAUGAGCAACGGACGCAGCUACGCCGGUCAGUCCUCAACAUCACCCCCAUCGAUCGAUUCACGUGUCCAUGUUGUAUUUAUUUUUUAACCGUCUUCUUCUCUCAUGUCAUUUUGUCACUCCUACAGGAGUCGCAGUGAUUGACAAGCCUUUAUGACCUGACGUCUCUCGCUGUGCUGGCUCAGCAUCUGCAGCUGGUUUUACAGAGACUGACACUGACGUCCGAAGCUCGACAAGCACACAGAGGAGUGACGCAGGAGAUGAAAACACAAUCCAAAUUGACGGGACGCCUUCUGCCCUCAGCUGAUGUAAAAAUCAAGGAGGAGUUCAGAGAUUUGGACGACUAACCACAAGUUAAUUUGCUGUGACGUCCAAGACUUUUCUACAUGUGAGAAGAAACUGUUGCACUGCAUUAGAAGCAAUACCCACAAAGUAAAGUGGGCUUAAGAGAAACUUUGUCUUGGUAGUGAUUGCCAAGCACACAACAAGUGGCUGUAUCAGCUGAUGUUAGACUCAAAGACUGGAUGAACUGAUAACAAAGGGGCCAAAUGGAGCGUUUUAUCUGCUGCACGUCAUGGGAGAUAUUUUUCUUAACUCAGAGUUCCCUUAAAAUCAAAUGAGCAUAUAGCAACUAUUUUCUCCGGUGGUUUUUCAGUGCAGACUUUCAGGAGAUCAGGCGGAUCACUGAGAUGAAAUCUCACCUGUAAAGAGUGUUUGUGCUCGGGGUGUUUUCCUCUGGAUGUAGAGAGAAGCAGACGGUUGAACGAAUGUAAAAAUCAUCUUAAUAUGCAAAUCAGUUAUCAUAUUUAAUAUUUUUGAGAUGUUUUUAAGAUUGUGGAGAACCACUCAGGCUGGUUAAUCCGACUCGACACAGACAUUCUUCUGUUGUUGACACACUACUGAUGCACUGAUGACUUGCACUGACUGAGAGGACGUCAGUCCGUCUUUCUUGCUGAUCUCUGCUGUCUCUCUUCCUGAUCGCACACUUUGGAGCAUUUCAAAUCAACACCUCCAGAUCUAUAGUGUCAUCCAAAAUUGUACAAAAAAGUGCCAGUUGGUGUUUUUAUCUCUUCUUAACAAACUGAAAUGAUAUUUUUUUCUGUUUACUGUCAAAGUAAGUGUGUCAAAAUGCACUGUAGAACUUCAACUUUAAGGUUACAAUAUAAAAGAUGCAGGUUCGAUGGUUUUUAUUUAUUGUUUCUGGACAGUUUUCACGCUUAUUCAAAUCAAAAUGAGAGCUCAUCUCGUUUUCUCAUCCUAGUGUUUCAAUUGUGCUCUCCUCACGUUCAUUCAGAUAACAGUAAAUAUAUUUUAGCUGUAGUUAUGAAGCUGACUGACUGGUGCCAUAGCUUUGACGUCAAGAGAUUUAUAGAUUUAUCAAAGGUGUUUUCAGAAAACCUCUGUUUGUUUGCCUCUUAUCUUCCAGAAACCAUCGAAAAACAGGAAGAUUUCAACUGUUAUAACAUGAAAGGUCAUAAAAACUUUAAAGGACCAAUGCUGUUGUUUUUGUGUUUUUUAGUCUAAUUAUUCAUCAGGAUUAUCUGAGUUUUAAUGCCUCCCAGGAAGUUUGUGAUCCAAAUAUAAAACUAAACUUAGAA